GAGAAGAAGAAGAAGAAGAAGAAGAAGAAGAAGAAGAAUAGAGAAUGACUCUGCAACAGUGUACAGGAGAUCAUGGAGAGAUUCAAGAGAUGUUCUCUCUUUCAAUUAAAACAACUGAGAGAGAAACAAAGCUUUGUGCAAGAGGCCAUUGGAGGCCUGCAGAGGACUCCAAACUUAGAGAGCUUGUUGCUCAUUAUGGUCCUCAAAACUGGAACCUCAUUGCUGAAAAGCUUGAAGGAAGAUCAGGGAAGAGCUGUAGACUUAGAUGGUUCAACCAGCUUGAUCCAAGGAUCAACAAGAUGGCAUUCAGUGAAGAAGAAGAAGAGAAACUCAUGGCUGCACAUAGAUUUUAUGGCAACAAAUGGGCUAUGAUUGCAAGACUCUUUCCUGGUAGAACUGACAAUGCAGUCAAGAAUCACUGGCAUGUUAUCAUGGCCAGGAAGUACAGAGAACAAUCCAGUUCUCACAGGAAGAAGAAGCUCAACCAUAAUGAAACUAAAGUUCAUGGGAUGAGAAACAUUAAUGGAAACCAUGGCUUUCAGCAACAUGAACAUUGUUAUCCAUUAAUGACAACAGUAGUGCAGCACCAACAGCAACAACAACAGCAACAGCAGCAAACAAGCUAUCAAUCAAGCAUUAUAACUAAUGAAUCAUCAUCUUGUGAAGCAACAACAAGCUCACCACACUUCAUAGAUUUCCUUGGAGUGGGACAUGUUUAAUUUGAACUAAUAGUUCAUUAGUUUGUUAAAAUGCUGAUAUGUUAAAUUUAUCUGUAUUUUGAGUUAACUACA